UUGCCAUGCGGAGUGAUAUAAGUUGACGUGUAUCUGUGAGUCGGUGCCGUGUGGCGAAGGGGAGGGGAGUUUCAGACCAGGCAGGACACGCAGGUAGCGCCAUGGAAGGACGUACUUUUCGCCAUUUCUGCCUCUAAUUCGGGGUCGGCCGGGAAGAUCGGGCCAGCCCGGUUAGUUCGGCUAGCUCAACUCAAGCCUGCGGAGCCGCGUGGAGCUUCAGAGCGUCGCCGAUCCCGAAAUAAAGGCAUCCAGAGCCGAAAGGAAGAGAGAGAGUUGGGGGCCUACCCUGGUCUGCGGUCCGGCCAUCUUGCGAAGGACGUUACGCUAUAAGCAGCACGUAUAGGGUGAUUCACGUCUUGCGCAACGCCUUCCGAUCUUGAGACAUAGUCAUUGUUGCCACUGUGGAUCGCAAUUCCUCCCAGGACUUUUUCCAUUGCAGCUGGACUCGCCACAUUGCGACAAAGAGCCAAGGUUCGUCACAAUCAUAUCUGGUCUUUUCUCGUGGCAUCAAUUUUUAGCCACGUUGCGUUGCCAACAAAGACAUCGUGUGUUUGGCGUAAACCGUACACACGGAACGAGCUUCGAGAACUCUCGAUUCCCGAGGAAUUUUUGAUUCCUUUCCAACUGGAAAAACAGAGAACUGCAACGAUCAAGACUCGAUGUUCGAAUCAUCGUGACUUUUCUUCAGUGUUUUUGCUAUUUUGCUGCUACGCACAACAAAAAAUAGAGCCUCGCGGGGACUGACUGUUGUCUAUUGUAUAUUGUGAUUGUGAAAUCGACACACAACGAGGGAAAAAUCCCGAAAACUCGACCUUUUUUCAACAUUCCAACGAUUUUUUGUAGCAUCCAGCACUAACUCCUGAGCAUUUUCUUGCUCGUAAUUUUGUUGCAAUAUAUUUCCUAGACUCGUACUUGUAGCCGAUUUUCCACAAAGGAGGAAAAGGGAAGGCUCCAUAUGAACAUAUACCGCUCGAAUCCCAUCCCUAUCAACGAUGAGAACUAUAAGACGGUUCCGUUCGACCCACCACCCGAUCUAAGUUGUUCACCUUCUAGUCCAGUUCUCAGUCCAAGCAGUCCACCAUGCUUUCCACAAGAACAGGAGGAAAGUGUGUCUGUCAUUGGGCAGUACCUGCUGACCAAGCAGCUGGACGGAGGCCUGUUCGAGGCUAUUCACACACUCACAGAAGAAGAGUUUGUGUGUAAGGUUUUAGAGAUCAGUCGUUACCGUGAGGCCAUGGCAGCUAACUUCAACGUACUACCUCACGACAAUGUCAACCAGAUCGUAGAAGUCAUCCUCGGCAACAAGAACGCUUACGUUUUCUUCGAGCGUAGUCACGGCGACAUGCACUCGUACGUGCGGAACAAGCGCCGGCUGAAGGAAGAAGAGGCCGUGUGGUUGUUCUUCCAGAUCGUGUCCGCGGUCGCUCACUGUCACGAUAACGGGGUCGUGCUACGAGACCUCAAGCUGCGAAAGUUCGUCUUCCAAGACCCAGAAAAAACUCAGCUGAAACUCGAGAGUCUGGAGGACACGUACCUCCUGCAGGACCCUCGCGACGACCGGCUCAACGACAAGCACGGCUGUCCCGCGUACGUCAGCCCCGAGAUCCUCAGCACGCAGGGGAGCUACUCAGGAAAGGCGGCCGACGUCUGGAGCCUCGGAGUCAUGCUGUACACCAUGCUCGUGGGGCGAUACCCGUUCCACGACACCGAACCCCAGGCGCUGUUCACCAAGAUCCGCCGCGGGAUUUUCACGGUCCCGGAGGGGAUAUCGUCGAAGGCGAAGUGUCUGAUUCGCAGCUUGCUGCGACGAGAACCGUCGGAGAGAAUGACCGCGAGAGAAGCGUUAGAGCAUCCGUGGUUCAAGGCUAACUUCCCCAUUAGUGUAAGCGGGAAGGCGGAGCCGAAAGUACCUGACCAGAUUGUUCCUGAUUGGUGUAUGGAGGAGGAUGAAGCCUCCUUAUUCAGCUGACUCAGAUUCGAAGCUAGAAAAUUGCACACCGAAGGUCUACUUUACAGUCUCAGAGGGUUGCUAUAACUGCCAUCAUUUUAAACGUAAAUUAUUGAAUUUGAGUCAUAAACAUUUCAUUUUAUUUUUAAGAAAAUUGAAAUCGAAAUAAUCUAAUUAAUUUAUAAAGCCGAUGCGGCCAAUUCCUGAAAAAGUAUAAGGGGGGUGACGAAAAAUGUAGAGGAUUGACGUGACAAACAGCUUAUUCCCACUGCCAAGUGAAAUAAGAUGUAACAAAAUCAUGUAUAGUUUGUACCAAAACGUAAAAACGUUGUGUAUUUACCUGUGAAAUCUGUGAAAUAACGACAGACAAUAUCGGCUUGUAAAAUGCACAGAAAUGUUCAAACUACAGCAAGGGUACAAACUUCCCAACGACAUGAGCCAUUAACCAUUUAUUUGUAUUAGGUUGGGAACAUACCACUCAAGCCUAGAGGGGUGACCAGCUUUUGACAAUGCAAGCAAACUUGACAAGGCAAUACAAAGGCUUAACACUUGAGGACCACAAUAUCAAUUUUAAGAACAAACACCCCUGUUACAUAUCAAGAGUGGCAUGUUCUGCCCAUUGCUUUUGUGUUAUGGAACCUUAAACCAUUCUUAUAGGAAGGGGUGUUAUUACAACUGACAACCUCUCUACACUAUGUGUAAGAAUUUUAAGGCAAAUGGUUGUCCCCAUUUUCUGUCCAUUCUUGGAUGGGUUUACAACUUUGGAAGUAAAAACAGCUACUUGUGCAAGGAAAUUAGUCAAAAGAUGUCCCAAUUUUGCCAGCCAGCAAAAACAUAAAAAAAGAACAGAAAACCUCAACAUAUGUGCCCCCCUCCUUCUAUAGUCGAAACAGCUUUUUCUUCUGAAGGCUAUACCUGGUGCCCCCCUCCCACACAUCGCAUUCUUGUACUGAAGACAAGAGAUGGGGGAGGGGGGCAGGUUACACUACUAGUAUAUGGAAGAUUGUACAGUUACUUGUCAGCACAAAUAUUGUGUGAUGUGAACAGCAAGAAGUUACAUGUCAACCUGCAACAAUAGAUGUACAAAAUAUGACAGAUUUUUUAAAUUGUAUUCCGCAAUGCUGGACUGUGCACUGUGAUUUGGGCGAAAGAAGGACAAUUUUUAAGUGUUACUGUAUCAUUGGUGACACCCUAAAAGAGAAACAAAGUAUCAGCAAAAUUUAUGGAUCCUUUUUUUCUUGUUGCAUCUCGCAAAAAGUUGUUCCCCUCAAAUAAAGUUGUCCAUUGAAUACCUCUGAACCACAUUGUGCAAUCCAGCAGUUUAGCCAUGUGAAACAAAUGCCACUUGACUGUGAAGUGCUAUCCAGCUGCGGUGUCUGCUAGCCGUCGUGCUUGCCCUACCCAGUUGAACAGGGAAGGGCUGACCACGGCAGGCUAGCAAGCAGUUCAGCCUGCUGCUCUAAUGCGAAAUUGUACAGUGAUGUAACUGUGUGACUUGGGAUGUACAGCUUGUUUAUAAGGACUUUUUCACCGGUGAACCGUCCAGUCUUCAGCAGGAAAAAAAGAAACUGCUUCUGCCCUGUUUUGGUCAUAUUCAAACUACCUCUAUGGAUCGACUAGCAAUAAGAUCCUGAAGAAAAUUUGACCAAGGUAAAAAUAUAAGAUUUCCUCAUUUCUUGUAGAAUUGGAGGAAACUUCAAAAGUGUGUUUUUCUGAGAAACAUAUUGAAACAUGAGGUUCUAAGGCUGUAAGGACAAAACCCGGUGAAAUGGUCUGGUCACACUUUUCCUACUCAGUAUAAAAUCCUGUCCCUUCUAUCAUGAAUGUAAAUGUGAUACCGUACCUCCUUGCAAAUGUACAAAAACAUCCAAACUUUCCGUUUUCUGUGCCAAACGCUUUGUUUGUUACUGCCAGAAAACCUUUGUGGGUACGAAUAUGUCAAUCGUCAGUCGCUAUGAAAAGCGACUUUUGAUUUCAGGGUAACAGCCCCUAUAAACUAGUGAUAUGACCUAAAAGAGAUAUCGUUUCUGUGCAAAAGAAAAUGGACUGUAACAGUUGAAAAGUGGGUUAAUUGGAUGCAGAGGUUUGUAGGUAUAAGUGGCAGCUUUGUGUAAAAAAUGUGAAUUUUAUGUAAAGGUUAUUUUUCUUUUAUACAAGCCACUGUACAUUGAAAACAUGUUGACCGAGAAAUUGUACAUUUGCAAUGGAUGAAUGCAGUGAGCAGUUGUGAAAGUUGACCUGUGCAAGGUUUGGUGGCGUGGAAUAAAACAUGAAAAAAGGA